ACGACUAAUAAGGAAAGACAGCUAGACAAAUAAGUAGAAAGAAAAGCCUGCGUGCUUCUGACACUAGAGAAUACGCAGUAAAAAAACGUUUUGCCAUAAAUCCUUGACAUUCGGUUCCGCUUACUGUGCAGUUUACAUCGGAGAUUAAUUGUAACUUUAUUGUUGAGUUAGCCUAAAAGUAAACAAGCGAGUAAAUAAAGACGCAUUCGACUCUCGAUUCACGAUGGUUGUGUAUAAUAUAUACAUCUUUGAUAAUCACGGAACGUUCCUGUUUUAUUCCGAGUACAAGCGAGCAAAAAAGGCGGAAAUGUCACAUUCAGAGGAGGGCAAGCUUAUGUAUGGUUUACUAUAUUCAUUGAAAUCGAUGUGCCAAAAGCUUUCAUCCAACGAUUCAUCAGCGUUUAAUUGUUAUCGGACAAACAAAUACAAACUGAACUACCUAGAAACAGCAUCAGGUCUUUGGUUUGUGCUAAACACUGAUAUCCAUGCUCUCGGAGUGAAAGAGCUACUCCAGUCAUUAUAUCAGCAGGUUUAUGUCGAGUAUGUGGUGAAAAACCCCGAAUGUGACAGGGGUAAACCGAUUGAGAGUGCCCUGUUCAAACACGAAGUAGAUGAGUUCAUCCGAAGGUCUCCACAGUUUCGAUAGCUCGAGUGCCGCGAACAGGUCCCUUCAGCACCACAUAACUGUGUAUUCGAAUGGAUCGUUGUAAAUAGUUCAUAUGUAAGAUAAGAACGAAAAAGAGAUACGGCAUUGAAGUCCUUGUAUAAAAAAUAUAUAUACGUUUUAUGGUAUUUUGUUCUCAUUUCAAAAGGUAUACACACAUGCGAAAUUAUUCUUAUGUAGUCCGAUAAAUAGAGCAGAUAUUUUACACUAAGCUUACUAUUUCAGUCUUCGAUCAGUGUUUAUAAGCAACGAAUUUUUCCAUUCCAAUUUAUCGUCGCCCACUUAUGUAUAUUUCUUCUAUAGAAAAGGUGAUCCAUUAUAAAGUUUACCUGUAAAAAAAAUUUAGUCUUAGAUUAUGGUGUAAGAUUGCUUUACGGCUGGGCUUUCCGCUCAUCAAAACUGUAGUAGAAACCAUGUUUCUUCGGUUUAUUUUUUUCUAAAGGUUUUACCAUAUAUCAAAGAGCUUAGCUGUUUGUUGUUCCAUCGAUUGUAGCAAUUCGGAAUAAACCAAAUAAAAGGAAAA